GCUUUCCAUGCAAAGUCAUGCCGGGCUCGUGGCUGAGCUGGAGAUGAUGGCCUCCUCCUUGCAAGGACCAAGCUCAACUUGUUCAAAGUGGAGUGGAUUGGAAGUAAAUGACGCAUGGGAGAGCAGCUGCUUCAUGAUGGACUCCAUUUCUAGACCAGUUACUGAGUUUUGCCUUGAUCUCUACAAAAAGCUCAACAAAAGUGCAGAGGACACAAAUAUUGUCUUCUCUCCUAUGAGCAUCUCUGUUGCCCUGGCCCUGAUCCAUCUUGGUGCAAAAAACAACACUGCUGCUCAGAUAGAAAAAGUGCUCCAUGUCAGGAAAGCUGCAGGAAGAAUGAGUCUUGGAUCUGAUCACGAGAAUGCAGCUCCAGAAAUGGAGCCAGAAGGAAGCCUGGAGAGUCAGCCUUCCUUCUCAGAGUGUAACAAGGAAGGAGACCUUGAUCAUAAAGUGUUCCAGGAGUUGCUUUUGCAGCUACAAAACCUUGGUGAAAAAUACGUUUUAACCUUGGCCAACAAUCUCUUUAUACAACAAGGAUUUGAGCUCCAGCAGCAAUUUCUAAUGUGUAGCAAGGAACUGUAUGGAGCAAUGCUGCAAACAGUCGACUUUCAUGGUGCUGUUGAAGCUGCCAGAAGAAAAAUUAAUGCUUGGGUUGAAAGUGAGACACAAGGUAAAAUCAAGGAACUCUUUUCACCUGGUGUGAUUGAUGUACGUGCAUUGCUGGUGCUUGUGAAUGUAAUCUACUUUAAAGCAUCCUGGGAAAGCAAGUUUGAGGAAGAAAAAACAGUUCUGAGGGAUUUUAAACUGAAUCAGAACAGAAAGAAACCUGUGCAGAUGAUGUAUCAGAAAGGCAAAUUUAAACUGGGCUACAUCGAGGAGGUGGGUGCUCAGAUCCUUGAACUCCCUUAUGCUCAGAAGUCACUGAGCAUGAUCAUCCUGCUGCCAGGGGAUGUGGCUGAUGGAUCUGUCAGUGGGCUGGAGCAGAUUGAAAGCACAAUCACCUAUGAAAAUGUAAUGCUGUGGGCCUCCUCAGAGAACAUGUUUGAGACAACAGUGGAGGUUUACCUGCCCCGAUUCAAGCUGGAAGGCACCUUUAACCUCAACGAGGUUUUACAAGAGAUGGGGAUGACUGACAUCUUCACUGAAUCAAAAGUUGACCUUUCUGCAAUGACAUUUGCAAAAUCACUGGUGCUGUCAAACGUUGUCCACAAGGCAUAUGUGGAAGUUAAUGAGGAAGGCACCGUGGCGGCGGCUGGCACGGGAGCUUCCAUUGUGAGGAGGUCUCUGCCUCUCACAGAGGUGUUCAUGGCUAAUCACCCUUUCUUAUUCUUUAUUAGACACAAUCCUACCAAUGCUAUUGUUUUCUUUGGCAAACUCUGUUCACCUUAAGG